CGGGCCGGUUUGGCGGCGAUGGGGCCGCGCCGGCCGCUGCUCCCGGGGCCCAUCCCGGUGCUGAUCCCGGCGUGGAUCCUGGCGUUGAUCCCGGCACUGAUCCCGGCACUGAUGGGCGCCGCGGCCGGGCGGGAAUAUUCAUUACCUUACACACCACAGCUUGCACAACGAUGCAACGAUCCCAGCACUGAAUUCUAUGAUGAAGAACUUGAUAAAUGCUGCAGCCAGUGCCCUCCAGGUAAGUAUAGGACAGGGAGCUGCAGUCACACCACGGACACCAAGUGCAGCCCCUGCAGACCUAAAACCUACACAGCCAUCUGGAAUCAUUCUCCACAGUGCUUUGCCUGCUCAGCACCCUGCAGGAAAGGGCUUGUACAGAAUCAAACGUGCACCAGGUCCCAGGACAGGAUCUGUAGCUGCCCACCCCACAAGUACUGUGUUUCCAGGCUGGAUGAGUACUGUGAAGUGUGUAGAACACACAAAAAAUGUGGCAAAGGCUACAGGGUUUCCAGAAGAGGGACAGACAGCACAGACACAGAAUGUGAACCUUGUCCUCCUGGCACGUUUUCACCUGAGGAAUCCUACAACACCAGCUGCAUACCCCACACCGUCUGUAAAUCAGUGGCUGUCCCUGGGAACAGCAGGAAUGACACUGUUUGCAGUGACUCAGGAAGAGCCACGGUUCUGCCUCACACCAUUUGGAACCUACUUGUGACCCAAAGUCCAGUUUCCCACAAAGCUGAAAUAAUAACUCAACCUGUCACGUUAAACUCUGUAUCUGACCUGUCCCACAUCACUGGAGCAGUAGCAGGGCCAUUGUUACUGAUCCUGAUAAUUGCUACUUUGGGGUAUUUCUUAGUCUCAAAAAUAAAAGCCCCUGUGUACUCUGCAGCAGCUACAGAGGCAGGUUGGCCUUUCCCCCCUCCAGAAAAACAGCGUGACAAAAAAGUCAGAGAUGCAGAAUUGCAGAACUCCAGGAGUUCUGAACAGGAACAACAGCAUCUCUUGGAAACUUCUGGGUCCAGCAGCAGUAUCCUGAAUCCAACUGGAUCUGCAACCAGCAGUGUAAUAAGUAAAGAGAAUGAUGAAAAUAAAAACUCAGGAGGAUUUCAGCAGCAACAUUCACCUCCUGAAGGUUCUAAAUUCCUGAGUGGAGACAGACACAGCUCUGCAAGUUCAGAACAUUCUGGUAAUGGAGGAACACAGGUGAAUGUGACGUGCAUUGUGAAAUUUUGCAGACCAGACUGCAGCUCCCAGUGCCCUGAGCAGAUAAAUUCAACUGUCAGGGAUAAUGGGCACACUCCCUGGGGUUCCCCAACAGGGGAAGAAACCCUCCCUUCAAAAGAAGAAAAUGCCUUGAACAAAGAAACUGAAAUUCACAUUGCAGUGGAAAAUGAGGACAAUUUACUUCAGGACUUACUUCCAGAAGAAAAGAAGGUUCCUCUUGGCAUUCAAGAUGCUGGGAUGAAAACCAGUUAAAGGAAAUUACAGAUAAUAUGCUGAUUGACUGAUAAUCAAACCAUCUCUUGUCUUAUAAAACAAACAUUAUGGUAAAUAUAGCUUUCUUACAGAGAUUUGAAAUUUCAGAUGAAUAUAGACACUGAUGCUUUUUAGUGUCUUCUGUUGCUUUGCAGUUUAAAAGAAAAACUUUAAAAUUGAGUGGCCAACUCCUCCCUUUCUUCUGUGAUACUCUAAGAGGACCUUUAUCAGACUUGAAAAGAAAUAUUUUUCAAACUUUAUGCCCUUAAGCUUUCUCCUGAGACUUCUUGUGAUGAUGAUUUUUAUUCAAGGUCUGCCACAAUGCCAAGAACAUGGAUGUGACAGCACUUCUAAGGGACUGGAUUUAAAUUAUCAUUCUUUCAAUGCUCAGGAAUCAUCCAUUUGAUUUAAAUUUUAAAGCUAUCAGUUCCUAUCCUGUACUUUAGUUGUCAUACUUUCCCUCACCCUCCUGGAUAUUUCCUUUAUUAUUACAGUUUGUUUUUUUCUCAUUAUCAGACCAAAUUUCUUAAGUACACAUAGGAUAUCAGGAAGUGAAAUCUUUUACACCAGCUCUUUUUUACAACUAAAAUUACUACUGUUAUGUCUAAACAACAGCAUUUCAUUGCCUGUACAUAUUCAUUUUGUUUUAGAAGGGAAAAAUCCAGAUUGAACUGUUUUUAUCUUGGAGGAAGGAAGUUCCUUUUGUUGACAACCCUAGAGUUCGUCACCUUUGUGUCCUGGCUGAGGUAACAUGUUUCCCCAAUUGAUCCUGACCUCAUUGUUGAGGUAAACCCAUAAAUCCAAAAUAUUUUCCCUGUGUUCAGUGACUAUUAGAGCAGAUCCCUGUGAUUAUCUUUGCCAAAUAGCUCACUGCCCUCAGGUGGCAGAACAUCAUCUAUAAUAAAUGGAAUUUACUCAAACCU